AUUUUUCAAUUUUGUUCUUACAGUUGGCAUGGCUUAAUUCUCAUCUUGAAAAGAUCUGGCCAUAUGUGGAUGAGGCAGCAUCAGAACUAGUAAAGUCAAGUGUGGAGCCAAUUUUGGAACAAUAUAGGCCUGUGAUUUUGGCGUCGUUAAAGUUUUCAAAGUUCACUCUUGGUACAGUUGCUCCACAAUUCACAGGGAUUUCUAUUAUUGAAGAUGGAAGUGAGGGUAUUACUAUGGAAUUAGAGAUGCAAUGGGAUGGGAAUCCAAGCAUAAUACUCGAUAUCAUGACCUAUGUUGGUGUAGCAUUACCGGUGCAGGUGAAAAACAUCGGGUUUACUGGUAUUUUCAGGCUCAUCUUCAGGCCACUUGUUGACGAGUUUCCUUGCUUCGGAGCUGUAUGUUAUUCUCUAAGGCAGAAGAAAAAGCUGGAUUUUACGCUUAAAGUAAUUGGUGGUGACAUGACAGCAAUUCCUGGCCUUUCUGAUGCAAUUGAGGGAACCAUCCGGGACGCUGUUGAAGACUCUAUCACGUGGCCAGUUCGAAAAGUUAUUCCCAUUUUACCUGGGGAUUAUAGUGACCUUGAACUGAAGCCUACCGGAGUAUUGGAGGUGAAACUUGUUCAGGCAAAGGAGUUAACAAAUAAAGACCUCAUUGGAAAAUCUGAUCCUUUCGCUGUAUUAUAUGUACGCCCUCUACGAGACAGAAUGAAGAAGAGCAAAAUAAUUAACAACGAUUUGAACCCAAUUUGGAAUGAGCAUUUUGAGUUCGUAGUCGAAGAUCCAUUGACACAACACUUGGUGGUAAAAAUCUAUGACGAUGAAGGGCUUCAGUCAGCUGAACUAAUUGGAUGUGCCCAUAUCUGUUUGAAUGAGCUUGAGCCUGGUAAAGUGAAGGAUAUCUGGUUGAAGUUGGUGAAAGAUUUGGAAAUUCAGAGAGAUCAGAAAAAUAGGGGCCAGGUGCACUUGGAGCUAUUGUACUGCCCGAAUGGCAUGAACAAUGGGCUAAGUAACCCUUUUUCUCAGAAUGAGUCAAUGACUUCAUUAGAGAGAGUUCUUAAAAACUCGGCAGAAGGAAAAGAAGCUAGUCCAAAUGGAAGUGAAAUCAACAAUAGAAGAGAGGUAAUAGUACGAGGGGUACUUUCUGUUACCGUGGUAUCAGCUGAUGAUCUGCCCCCAGCUGAUAUAGGGGGGAAGGCUGACCCCUACGUCGUUCUGAUCAUGAAGAAGGCUCAAAUUAAGAACAAAACCAGGGUUGUAAAUGAAAGUCUAAACCCGGUAUGGAAUCAAACUUUUGACUUUGUUGUUGAGGACGGAUUACAUGACAUGCUAAUGCUGGAAGUCUGGGACCAUGACACAUUUGGAAAGGAUUUCAUGGGAAGAUGCAUACUGACUUUAACAAGGGUUCUAAUGGAAGGUGAAUACAAAGACACGUACGAAUUAGCCGAGGCUAAAUCAGGGAAACUGAACUUGCAUCUCAAAUGGAAUCCACAGCCAAUAUACAGAGACUACCAAUGAUGAACAUCAAACUUCAGUUUUACAUUCUUGUUAGUUUUGUACAGGGAGUAAAAUUUCUUUGAUUCCCUAAUAGACUGGGAACAACAGCACGUAUAAUCGAAUAUUUUCUGUACAUGAUUUAAUAAUAACAGAAGAGAGAUACUGUAAAGCUGUGAAACUUUUGAAGAGAAGCUGAAGUUGAAGCUGGACAAGAAUAAAAAUUGAGUAAUUUUUCAAGU